UUCCAUACACUACACUACACUACACCUUAUAACCAUUGAUGCAUUUUACACAACUCUCUCCUUCCCAAACACUCCCUUCCCCUUGUCCUUAUUCGGGCCGGGCCCGGCCAUCGUCGGCUUUCUCUCGAGCCCUAUAGGUUGUCUCGACCAUAAUCAAUUGUCUCAAAAUGCUCGACGUUAAAAAUCACUGAACAGAUAAUUCAGCUGAUAAAUAUGAAAGAAACCAUCCUCAAAAAACUCAAGUUGAUCUCGUCCCCCAAAGAUCGUACGACCCACCGCGUCGCCCAAACCGCCGUCAAUGUUGAAGAUGCAAAACCGGCCCGCGGCCCAAGUUCCGAUGGGGAAGAAAUUCCGGAACCGGCAAUUAUAACGCCGCAAGAGUUGUCCGAGUCGAGACAACACACGAGAAUCGGUCACGAUCCACGCCCGAAACUUAAGCCCAUCCGAGACGAGGGAAAAUACGAAAUGGCGGCGGUCGACGAUAACGAUAAUAAUCCGCCGCCGCCGCUGCCGGGAGGGCCCGACUCGGUCGUUUUGUACACAACGAGCCUUCGGGGGAUCCGGAAGACGUUCGAGGAUUGCAACGCGGUCCGGUUCUUGUUGGAGAGUUUCCGAGUGACGUACUCAGAACGAGACGUUUCUAUGCACAUGGAGUAUCGGGACGAGCUUUGGCGAAUCCUCGGCGGCCGGGUGGUGCCGCCGAGGCUUUUUGUCCGGGGGCGGUACGUCGGCGGGGCGGACGAGGCCGUCGGGUUACACGAAAAGGGCCGGCUGCAGAUUCUCUUACAAGGGAUACCGUUGAGCCCGUCGGAUUGUCCCUGCCGAGGCUGCGCCGGAAUGAGGUUUGUUUUGUGUUCCGAUUGCGACGGCAGCCGGAAAGUCCGGCUGCCGGACGGUGGCGGCGUGGCGGCGAGGUGCCCCCGGUGCAAUGAGAAUGGAUUGGUUAAAUGUUGGGUAUGUAUGUAGAUAGAAUUAGGAUAACAAGAGUUAUUAAUCUUGAAAUCUUGUAAUAUAUGAAUGAGAUGAUAUAUAUAUAUAU